AUGGCUGACGCUGAUUUCGGCACAUUUGACACUGAUUUCGGCACAUUUGAUGUCGAUUUGUUUAAUAUGCUAUCAGAACUAGAUCUUCCAUUGGUUUUGAAUGAAGUUACCGGCUUAGAAAAUGUAGACGCCAUACACACAGGCAAGGAAACCAAAAGCGAAACUAAAAGUGAACCUGAAACUGGGUCACUCAGUCGAUUUAAACCAAAAACAGAAGAAGAGGUUAAACACAUUGAAGACAAAAACCAUGCAGCUGAAACAAAGAAAAAUACUCAAUGGGGCCUCAAAAUAGUUCAAGACUGGCACUUGUCUGUACAUGGGGAUGUCGUUGAUUUGGCCACAGUUGAGGAGGAACGUCUUAACAACCUGUUGAGGAAGUUUUACUGCGAGGUAGCACCUCAGGAGAAGAAAAUCAAGUCUGCUGAACUGCAACUGAAGGUUUACCACAAGAACACCAUGAAAAACAUCAGGGCUGCUCUCAAUCGUCACUUGAGCGAUAUUGGUAUGACUUAA